AAUUACAAACUUGUCCAGUGUUGCAUUAAACUGACAUAGUUCGGCGGUUCAUUUUACACAAACAACUUUGAGGUCAAAAAAGCUAUUGUCUUUGACAUUGGCAACCGUUGAUAACAUUAAUCUUGUUUACCACGAGUAGCUCCAAGCAUCUGUUUCUAUUUAAAUAAAUUUAUCAAUAUUGUUCCAGCACUUGUUUGUAAAUUCGGAUUAUCAUUUAUUUAUACUUAUAUUCAGGUGCAUUGAAAAAGUAUAUAAAGCACCGUGUUAUUCAUUUUCAUUUAUUCUCGUCGCAUUCGCGGCUUUGCCAAGUACUUUGCAACGCCCAGCUGCUACAUAUUUUACUGCAAUAAAUUUGAAAUUUCGAAGAAAUGGCCGAGAAUUCUCGUUAUGUACGUUUGGACGCUAAUGGUACGGAAGGUAUUGAAGAGCCUAAUCCAAGUAGACGGAUAAGAAACAAAAGCAUUCUUGAGAAGAUGUUAAAUUCAAACGACGCUGAGAGUCAGCAAGUGGCAAAAAGAAGAAGAGUAGAAGAACGUCCUGCAUCUUCAUCGAAUCCAGAUUAUGUGUGCAUAAAUGAUGUCUCGAUUAACUCACCCGUCACACCAAUACCAGCAUCUCCAUCACCGGCAGCCUUAGACUUUCCUACGAUAUCUAGAAGAAUUUCACAAUCAUUAGAAAAUCUCGCGAAUGUGUCUGGAUUUCGUGUGGCCACCGAAACUUCUCAAGAGAAUCAUUUAACUGAGUUUCAUUGCUGGUUACUGAGUACUGCAAUACUGAAUGAUUUGAGCUCUCGUUCAUUUCUUGGUAACUCGGACGUAGCCCAGAUGACAAGUCAAGAGUUGCUGUGUCAGGCCAUUGAUCUCUAUGAGGAUGUAGAACAACUAUCACCACGGGAACUAUUGAAUCUACCAUUCAUUCCUAGUCCAAUGCGUUCUAACAGCCAGUUAAUGGAGAUCCCAUUUCUCGAUCCUCUGCUGGUUGUAUUGUGGAGCAUACACCUCGAUGAGAUUCCUUGGAUGCUCAACAUCUUACCAUGGAGAAUCCUGGAUCGCCCUACUCGAGCGGGUCGCAGUAUUCUCGAGUGGAUCUUCAGACUUCGGAAUCUUCAUCAAUGGCUGGAGGCAACCAGAGCUCCGCCCAAUAUAGCACUAAAAAUCAUCCGUUUUGUUGAGAAGGUUCUACGGUCAUAAAUAGUAUAGUGUAUAGCGAGGAAGAAAGCAUCACGAUCUAAAACAAGCGAGGUUGACAGUCCGAGCUGAAGGGUAUGCUGCUUUCACCCAAAAUCUAGAGUUGUAAUAAUGCCAUAUCAUAUAUUAUAUUUUGUAUCUGAUCUGAAUGUCAGUUGUCAAUCGAAACAAGUCAAUUUAAGAUCGAUAGUGCAUGUCUACGUUUAACUUAAUUUGUUAAUAAUCAACUGCAAUUUUCGUGUGGCUAAAGUACAGUCAGAAACUGAUGUACUGUAUAGUGUUUAUUCAUGAUACCAGCAUCGAAACAAAGUUUUAGUAUCUUUAUAGCCAGUCGAAACAAGCUACUUUCAGUCCAAUGCCAUGAAUUAAUAUUAG